UACAGAAACAGUAGGGGCACAGUCAUGUUCUAGAGUUCUUUUCCUGAUUAAUUUUAUAAUUGGAGUGGUGCGAUGUUUACGUAGACCUCCACUCAAUGAAUUAAUGACACAGUAGGAACCUUAAUUAAAAAAUACAUUGGUAAUGUGUCCGCCCCAACCCUACCAAAUUUAUAGGGACUGGGGCCAAGAUUCUCAACUACUAUCUCAACUAUCCACUCAACUGGAGAUCUGGGUAGCCUUAAUUUUUGUGUGGCCAAUGUUAGAAACCUGAAAGGAGCUUGAUUGUUAGGCAGUCAGAAUACAGCAAUGUGUGAGCAGAACCUUUUCAGGUGUUUCAAAUUGGGCAUUGUGUUUGCAAAUCUUGGCUCAGAGGUCCAAGAUCCUUUGACUGAUAAUUCUAUUUAUUUAGCAAAAAUAAAGAGUGUUGAAAAUAAAGGUAGGGCAGUUUUUUGUGCAGCCAAGGGAAGUUAUUUUUAGUGGGGUUUUGUGGAUUUAUUAAUAAUGCAGUAAAGUAAUGAGCAUUGCAUGAUUUUCCAUAUUGUACCUUUAUUUUAACACUACUCCUAUUAUAAAUUAUAAGUCUAAUAAAAUUUAAUCUUUGAUUGCAGACUGAAAUGUACAGUCAGAUAUGCAUACUUAAGUCUCAAGAACUUCAUAUUUUGCUAUGUUUGAAUGUGUUUCAUAUCAAGUCUUAUUGUUACCCUGGAUUUUUUUGUAAUGUAAAUGAUAAAUUUGUUAUGUGACAUCUUAUUUUUCUCUUUAGAUUCAAAGAAUUCUAAGAAGGAUAAACAUGGGAAAAGUCAACAGUCAAACCACCCAUCUUUAAAAAAUGAACAGUUUAAUUGGGAUGACUACUUGAAAGAGACUGGAUCAGUAGCUGCUCCUCCACAUUGUUUCAGACAGUCUAGGAUCCCACCAACCAAUGAUUUUAAAGUUGGUAUGAAACUGGAAGCCCAUGAUCCUCGAAAUGUUACCUCAGUGUGUAUAGCUACAAUAAUUGGAAUUACUGGUGCCAGACUAAGGCUGCGGCUUGAUGGAAGUGACAACAAAAAUGACUUUUGGAGGCUAGUGGAUUCCUCUGACAUACAGCCCAUUGGGACCUGUGAAAAGAAAGGUGGUAUGCUUCAGCCUCCACUUGGGUUCCAGAUGAAUGCAUCUUCUUGGCCAAUGUUUCUCUUAAGAACACUAAAUGGAGCUGAAAUGGCACCUGCAAUGUUCUUUAAGAAGGAACCACCAAAACCUGUUCCAAACUCUUUUAAAGUUGGAAUGAAACUGGAAGCAGUAGAUAGAAAGAACCCUUACUUAAUUUGCCCAGCAACCAUUGGAGAUGUUAAAGGAGAUGAAGUUUUUAUUACAUUUGAUGGCUGGAGAGGAGCAUUUGACUAUUGGUGCAAAUAUGAUUCUCGAGAUAUUUUUCCAGUUGGAUGGUGUAGCUUGACAGAAGAUGCACUACAGCCACCAGGGAACAAUGUUUCCACUACGAAGACUAGUGCCAAAACCCAGUCUUCCCCUUCCAAAGUGACCCGGCGUGCAAUGCAGUCGCCACAGAAAUCUGCUUCAGCAUCAGCUCAGCGGGGCAGAAAACAAAGUCGGGCUAAACCUGCCGGGCAAUCUGUAGUUCCUAUGAAGGGCAAGUCUCCGAAAAAUGGUCCCUUGACAAAAAAUGCCACUCAUACUGAAAAUCUCAAAACCAGAAAAAAAACUUUGAAACCUGGAAGAAAGAAAAAAACCUCGCCAGUUCAAUCUCCUCCUACACCUUCAUCUCCACUUACUUCUCCUGAUGGGGACAGUGGCGGUACACAGGUACUUAAAGAUGGCAUUGGCAUAGCUGGUACAACAGCAGCAGUUAUAUCCACAGUUUGCGUGUAUGUUAACAAGCAUGGAAACGCUGGACCUCACCUGGAUAAGAAGAAAGUUCAGCAACUUCCAGAUCACUUUGGACCAGGUCCUGUAAAUGUGGUACUUCAGCAGGCUGUGCAGGCCUGUGUAGACUGUGCCUGUCAAUCCAAAACAGUCUUUGGAUUCCUGAAGUCAGGGCAUCAUGGAGGGGAGAUGAUAAACGCCUCCUUUGAUGGGGAGAAACACGCCAUCAAUCUUCCUUCUGUAAACAGUGCAUCGUUUGUCCUUCGGUUCUUGGAGAAACUCUGUCACAGCCUGCAGUGUGAUAAUCUUUUUAGUAGCCAGCCCUUCAGCCCUUACAUGGGGAGUGCACACAGUCCUACAGAAUAUGACAAGAGUAAACCAGCAAAAGAGGAAAUAUCAGAAAACAGAAUUACGAAACGUUUUUCUCAGGAUUCUCCACCAUACAGUGCCCCUCUUUCUCCUAAACUGCCCAGAACUGAAGUUCACCCAUCUGAAGAAACACUACCUAAUGAAGAAAACUGCAUCCUCAAAGAACACAGAUUUUCUGAGGACCCUCUGGAUUCUGUACUCAAUUCAGUAAGUCCUUCAAGUCCAACCCGUCGAAAUUCUACUGAGUAUCGUAGCUCAGGAAGCAUAGCAUAUUACAGGACUUCCCUUCAGCCGGUGACUGCUACCUCAAAGUCAGCCCCAAUCCUACGCAGGCUGUCAUCAAGUUCUGCUGGGAACACCAGUUACUAUGAAGUCAGCAGGAAUCGAAUACAUAGGAGGAUUGAAGCUGCAAGUUCCACAACUGGACCUGAUCUCCAUGCACUAAAGCAGGAACCCUCCCGAGUACUGAAUAAGGAUCCUUCUACCUGGUCAAUAGAUGAAGUAAUGCGGUUUGUGAAAGAAGCUGAUCCUCAGGCAUUAGCCCCACAUGCAGAACUCUUCAGGAGACAUGAAAUUGAUGGGAAAGCACUGCUGUUACUGAGGAGUGAUAUGAUAAUGAAAUACAUGGGACUGAAGUUGGGGCCAGCAUUAAAGCUAUGCUACCACAUUGACAGACUUAAACAAGGAAAGUACUAGCCAGUGGAAACACAAUAAUCUGUGUGUUCAUACCAGACUUACAUCUCAGGUUCACAGACAUGGUCUUUAUUUAAAAAAUAUUUUGUUGCUGCAAACAUUUGCCGUUUGCAGAAGUUUCCUCUCAAAAUGUGAUAAAAUAUUUACUAUCAAGAAAAAAGGACUAUAUUACAUUUUAGGAAGUGAUUUGGAAAGGUACACAGGAACAGGCAGUUAGGACUGUGUUCUUCGGGUUUGCGUUUUUUUUUUUAUGUGAUACUUUCAUGGAUACUAUACACAGAAAACUGAGAAAUGCAUUCUCUUUUACAAACUUCAACUGAUACAUUCACAUUCAAAACCAAAACAGCUGAAUCCCAAAGGAAAAACAGCAUCAGGUGUUGAUAAUUUUUACAGGGAUGGCUGUAAAAUUUUACAUUAUGAAAAAUUUUAAAGAAGCAGCAUUAAACUUCAUCUCUUUUAGUGAAUACGCUGUGACUGGUUCUCCAGGAGAGUAAUAUUCAUUUAGAUUAUGCUAUACAGAUUUCCAUAAAGGGAAUAGACAUA